AUGUCUAACGAAGCGACCGCUAAGGGCGAAGAGCGUCUUCUAGCAGAAGCCCGCCAUAAGUUCCUCAGUUUGUUCGGGCGGGAGCCGACCGCGGCUGCCUGUGCCCCAGGCCGCGUCAACCUCAUCGGCGAGCACGUCGACUACUGCGAGGGAUUUGUUUUACCCGUGGCGCUUCCUUUCGUGACUCUCAUAGUCGGCGGCUUUAACGACACAGAGGAAUGUCAAGUCGUGUCAGUGUUGGCAGACGGCGAGGAACUUCGUACCAGUUUCCCCACACCAUCGGCAGCGCCGCUGAAUCGGGGAUCCCCCGCCUGGACUAAUUACGUCAAGGGCGUCGUCGCCAACUUCCCCGGUGAUUUGAGGGGAUUCAAUGCUGUAAUAGUUUCUGAUGUCCCAAUGGGUGCCGGGGUAUCCAGCAGUGCAUCCUUGGAGGUGGCCCUUUUCACUUUCUUGGAAGCACUCACCGGUAUUCAAAUAGAUCCCGUUAAGAAGGCCCUGUUGUGCCAGAAGGCAGAACACGAAUUCCCUGGUAUGCCCUGCGGUAUAAUGGACCAGUACAUCGUCACACUCGCACAGAAAGAACACGCGUUGCUGAUUGAUUGCAGGUCUUUAGAAGCGGUUCAGAUUCCGAUGAAGUUGGACGACUUAGUGAUUCUGGUGGUGAACUCCAACGUGAAGCACCAGCUCACAGGUAGCGAGUACCCACAGAGGCGGGCGCAGUGCCAGGCUGCGGCGGACCGUUUGGUAAUAUCCUCGCUUAGGAGAGCCACUGUCAAGGAUCUUAAAGAAUUAGAACGUUUGGGAUGCGACGAGCUAGUACUGAAGCGCGCUUCACACGUCGUGAACGAAAUCAAGAGGACUGAAGAGACCGCGGAUUGUCUGAGACGAGGAGACUUCAAAAGGGUCGGAGAGUUGUUUUAUGAGUCUCACGACUCCCUGAGUACUCUCAUGGAAGUUUCGUGCAAGGAGUUGGACCAGCUGGUGGAUAUCAUGAGGUCGGCGCCAGGAGUUCUGGGAGCUAGAAUGACGGGGGGCGGUUUUGGUGGCUGCGUCGUCGCUUUGGUUGCCAAAGAACGGGCGAGCGACGUGAAGGAGAAAAUACUUUCCGAAUACGAGGGCAGACCGGUUUUCUUCAAUUGUCAACCGAGUGACGGUGCUCGCGUACUGCGGUUGAGC